UCAGCAGCCUGCCAGGGACUCAGACACACUUGGGAAAGUCAGCCGCACCGGGGAAGUUGGAACAAUGCUGAGGCCUCUGCUGAUCCCCUUGACGUACUUCUGUCUUCAGACCUGGCUGGGGAUCCCUCAGGCAAAAUGUCAGGUGAAGCUGAACAUAAUGGAAGAUGCUUUUGAUGACCAAUAUCUAGGAUGUGCUGAAGAAAUGGAUAAAGAAGCAGCUAAACUAAUACAGUCGGAAAUGUCUUCAUUCAGCCCAAUAUGGAAAAAUGCAGCAGAAAAAUGGAACAGUGUGAAAACAAAAAUUUCUCGCCCCAGGGGCUUUAAGGAUGAGUAUGGAAUAGCCAUAGUAGCCUAUACUGACUGCAUGCCAUACAACAGCAAAACAUUUCCAACUGAAUUUAAUGCGGCAGUGAGAGAGGCUGGGACAUCUCGAGCUCAUUACAUGGACAGUUUCCAUUUCAAAGCCUUCCAUUAUUAUUUGACAAGAGCUUUGCAGCUCUUAAGAGGAAAGUGUGAUGUGAUGUAUAAAAUGACGGUGUACCGGGGGGUUUCUAAAAAGUAUGAGUACCAGAAAUAUUGUGACAUCAGGUUUGGAUACUUUGCCUCUUCAUCUAUUAAUAGAACACAGGCUGAGACAUUUGGCACGGCAACGUUCCUCACCAUCCACACAUGCUUUGGCGUGAAUAUCCAGGACAUGUCAUAUAAUCCUAAGCAAAAAGAAGUGUUAAUUCCAGUCCAUGAGAUAUUCAGAGUGGUCACAAAUCAAGGGAAUAACUACACCCUCCAGAGCAAAAAACAGGCCUGCAGCCAUUUUAACUGCACGUACCUGGGCGGAGAGAAGAACGAAGUAUGUGUUGGCAACUCUGCUACCAGAGGCAGCCCGGCCUUCCCCAGUGAGCUGAGCCCUUCACUGUUUGGAGGAUCCAUCAUCCUGGUCCACGUUAUUGCUCUGAAGCUGUUUGCCAGUUUCUAAACUGUCCUAUUCGUGUUACUCACUUUUUCUCUCUAACACAAAUCAUGGUGAUGGGACUUGCCAGGUCCAAAGCCGUCCUGCUAUGCUGCCAGCGUUCCAAAGGGAAACC